CUCGGUUACGCCCUCGCCAGGCUCUGCCCGAGCCACCUUCUGGCCCCACGCCUCGCAUUGCCCCCCAGCCUCCGCGCAUCUGGGCGGGCCGGGUCUGUCCCUUUUCACCGGCCGCAGUGCAGGAGCGCCGGGGCCUCGGGGCGGGUCCCUCCCGCCCGCACCUGCCCCGGGGGGCGGAGCGCGGCGGCGCCAACGCAGCCCCAGCCUCUGCUACCGGCCGCGCGAGCCGCGCCGCUCGGCGACACCCCCUCCCCCUCACCCCCGGCGCACCUCCACCCCGCGGCGCCCGCCCGCCCACCGUCCCUCUCCACGCUGUCCGGCGGUCCCUCUGCUCGCCCCGAGCCGCGGGGGCCUCGCACUUCUGCUUUGGGUCCUCGCCGCGCUCGCCGCCGCCACCCGUAUCCGCUGGGAUCCGCCGCCCAGCGCCAUGGAUCCGACAGCCGGCAGCGAGCGCCGCAGCCCCCCGGGUCCCGCCGUCCCGCAGCCGCCCCGGAGCCACGCGCCCUUGGCCGCCGCCCCCGCCCCGGGUCCGCUGAGCUCCCCGGCGCGCGAGCCGCAGCAGCCCGUGGAGGAGCGGCAGCUGCGGAUCAGCGAGAGCUGCCAGUUCAGCGACGGGCUGGAGGACCGAGGCUUACUAGAAAGCAGCACCCGCCUGAAGCCUCACGAAGCCCAGAACUACAGAAAGAAGGCCUUGUGGGUCUCUUGGUUCUCCAUUAUUGUCACUUUGGCCCUCGCGGUGGCUGCAUUUACUGUCUCCGUUAUGAGGUACAGCGCCUCUGCUUUUGGGUUUGCAUUUGAUGCCAUCCUCGAUGUCCUGUCAUCGGCGAUUGUCCUGUGGCGUUAUAGCAAUGCAGCUGCUGUUCACUCUGCCCACAGGGAGUACAUAGCCUGUGUCAUCCUGGGGGUGAUAUUCCUUCUGUCAUCCAUAUGCAUAGUGGUCAAAGCCAUCCAUGACCUCUCGACGCAGCUGUUGCCAGAAGUGGACGAUUUCCUGUUCAGUGUCUCCAUUUUAAGUGGGAUCCUUUGCAGCAUCCUGGCCGUGUUGAAGUUUAUGCUGGGGAAGGUUCUGACCAGCAGAGCACUCAUAACAGAUGGCUUUAACUCCCUCGUGGGGGGCGUGAUGGGCUUCUCCAUCCUGCUGAGCGCAGAGGUGUUCAAGCACGAUGCCGCGGUCUGGUACCUGGACGGCAGCAUCGGGGUGCUCAUCGGCCUCACCAUCUUCGCCUACGGGGUCAAGCUCCUCAUUGACAUGGUGCCGAGGGUGAGGCAGACGCGCCACUACGAGAUGUUUGAGUGACGGGGACCCGAGCCGACCGCAUCCAUCAUGCAGCGUGAAGACCGUCAGGACAGCGAGAGCUUUCAGCAGAGGCCGUCAGUGCCAAUCCUUAACUGAACAUCCGGUUUCUUUUUUUUCUGGAAGUUUUCUUUCAUACAGUUGGUCGCUAUGGGAACAGCAUCUGCCCAGCACCCACCCACCCACCCACUACACAUGCCAGGAUGACGGGUACAGGAGGGGGGCAGCUCCCAGUCGCCAGCUGAAUGGACAUUCUCUCCUGGAGUAAAAUUGUUCUCCUGGUCAGGAUAAGAUCUCUGCUUGUCAGAAAGUUCUCUGGUGCUCUGAGCCUAGAAUUGGAAAGCAACAGACAUGACCCAAGUCCUUUGGGCUCCAUGUGGCCCCAGAUGCCUCCUCAUUCUGAUGUCCCAUCUCCUAUAUCCCCUACCCCUACCUCCUGAGAACCAACACCAUCACUUCCUAAUUUCUAUCAAUGACUUUCAUUCGUUUCAUAGAGUUUUACUAAUCCUAAAUCUAAACAGAUUGGUUCAAAGGAGACCAUUCUAUUUUUAAAGCACAGUGAUAAAUGUAUGAGCUUUGCAUGGAUGAACUAAGCACAUGACCCAUCCUUGUACAUUCAGAAACCAAACGUAAAUGUAAAAACAGGACCCAUUUUUGAGAGCUGUGGAAGUAGUUUAUUUGUAAUAAAUUAUAUACUCUCUGUAUAUGCAUAUAUCGAUAUGCUGUGUUAAGUGGUAAAAGGUAGAUCCCAGUCAGAGACGGUGACCCCUUGUAAGAAGUGAGAUGUUUUCAGUUUAUAUAACGUUAGAUGUAGAGUCCAUAAAAAUGUUCCCAGACAUGCCACAUUCUGUACCUCUAGCACUGCUGCGUCUCCAGGCAUCGGUGUCUGACCAAUAAAGCCCUUUACCUGUUUUGUAUGGUACGGCGAGGUGCUCUUUGAGUUGUUACCCUGUAGCUGCAGCACGCAGACAGGUUUCCCGUCA